AUGGGCUUCCAGCAAAGACUGGGAGCUCUGCUUUUGGCAUGGUGCUGCAUCAGCGCACAGGCGCUGGAGAAUGGCUUGGCUCGCACGCCACAAAUGGGCUACAAUUCUUGGUAUGACUUGGAGUGCUCUGACUCCAUGAACGAGACCACCCUGCGGCAGAUAGCUGAUGCUUUGGUGUCGACAGGUCUCCGGGAUCUCGGUUACAAGUACCUGAAUCUGGAUGACUGCUGGGCCAAGGGACGGCACCCAGAUGGCACUGUCUAUGCGGAUCCGGCCAAGUUCCCCAGUGGCACCUUGAAGCCGUUGGCGGACUAUGUUCACAGCAAGGGCUUGCUGUUUGGCACUUACACCGACAGAGGCAGUGCAACAUGUGCUGGUCGCCCAGGUGCCGCCAACCACGAAGAUAUUGAUGCCAAGACCUAUGCCGAAUGGGGGGUUGAUUAUCUGAAAGAGGACUCUUGCAAUGCGCCUUCAAACCAUGAAACUGCUUUCGCAGAGUACGGCCGGAUGCGUGAUGCCCUUAACGCGACUGGGCGUCCUGUUCUGUUUAGCUUGUGUGGCUGGAGCACCUGGUAUGCACCCAUGGGUAAGCUGCUAGGUAAUAGCUGGCGUAUCGGCCCAGAUGAUACAAAUUGGCCCGGCGUUCUGAAGAAUAUCGAUUCAAUGAACGGCUUGGACAAAUUCGCAGGCCCAGGUGGCUGGAAUGAUCCGUGCCUGCUUCUCAGCAGACAGUGGACAGGUGCGAGUCGUGUUUCAGAACUGCAAUCGCGCGCACAGUUUUCCAUGUGGGCUGUUUUGGCGGCACCGCUCUUGAUCAGUGGUAGCAUAUUGAACAUGAGUGCAGAGACACUCGCAACCUACAGCAACAAAGAGGUCAUCGCCGUCAGCCAAGAUCAACUUGGACAGCCAGGGCGACGCUUGUAUGGGAGCUCAUUAGCAGACGGACGUUCCACUGGCAACAUCUGGGGCCGUCCGUUGUCGGAAGGGGCUGCCUUGGUAUUUCUGAACGUCGGCCAUCAACAGCAGAACCUGACAUGUGAUCAGACUUGCUUUGCGUCUUUGGGAUUUGCUGCCACUGACCGCCUGUCCGUGCAUGACCUGUGGUCGAAGAGGCAGCUUCCAGACAUCACAGCUUCACUGACGGCGAGCCUGCAGGCUGAUGGUGGGCACCUCAUGGUCUUUGUCAAGAAAGUCCGUCUCGACGAUGCACAGCUCGUGGUGUGA